GGCGUCCUCUCCCUCUCGAGUGGGAUGUGCGGGGGAGAACAUAUAAAGAGAUCGGAGAGUACAGCUCAAAUUUCUCAAGAGAGCUCGGAUUACUUGUUCGACAGUACACAGAUCCGGACUGUCCUCAAUGGUCAAAAGUACCAAAUGCCUCGAAAGAAAGAAUACUUGCACAUUUGGAAGAUGAUUUGUUUGAUAUUGGGCGUACUAGAUAUGGAGAAGGGCAUAUGCCUGGGAUCUUGAGAGGCAUUGAUACUUCGUGUGCUAAAAAGUAUUCUGACUGGAAGUACGAUAUUAAAGAGCACUUAACGAUUAAUGGGCCACAAAAUCGUUAUGGUGGUUGCACGGAUACGCAGUGGCAAAAAGCAAUUGAUUUUUUCCGUCGCCCAGAAAUUACGAAACGUUCUGUGGUCAACAAGGAAAAUAGAAAGAAAUUGAAAGAGCUUAGCUAUGGAGGUUCUCAGUCAAUCCCAGCCUUACGCUAUAAAAAGCGCAAUUUAGAGACUGGGCAACUUGAGUCCAUCCCGGAUAGCUGGAUGGAUACUCACCAUAAAUCAGGCACAGGGUGGGUGACAGAGACAGCAAAAAAUACUUGGGAGGAAUUGCGUGCAUACCGCGACACACAGCAGACACAGGCAACUGAUACUGAGAGUUCCACACCAGUUUCGAGUGCGCCUGAAGAUGAAGACAUAUCUUUGGUACAAAAUGUCUUCGGAAAACGACGGGGCCACCAGAAAGGAUAUGGACGUAUCCUUAACAUAAGGGACCGAACUCCAUUUGAUUUUCGUCCUUCACAAACUAGAGAUGAAGAGUUGUCUGAGAUGAGAGAGCGUCUUCGACAGUUAGAGGAGCAUGUCCGGACUCAUUGUAUCACCCCGGGAUCUCAAUCUGCCCCACCACCACCACCCGAUGAUCCUGAUGUUGGAGCACCGACUCAGUAGGACUUAUGUAUGAAUUUUAUUACAAUUGACUAUUACAUUAUCAUGUUUAAGACAAGUCUUUAUUUUAAUUCAACGAAUACACUCUUAUGUUUUUAUUUAUAUCUUUAAUAUAAGUGUUUUAAUUUUA